UCCCGUCUCCCCGGGCGUGUGCACGACUGGCUGCUGCUGCAGCUGCGGCGCCGCGUCUCUCGCAGUCCCGCCGGUCGCCUGUGGACGCUGCCCGGCUGACCGAACAUGGCGGCGGCUCCGGAGGAGGAGGUGGACCGCAGACCGAUCCGGAGGGUCCGGUCCAAGAGUGACACCCCUUACAUCAACGAGGCGAGGAUCUCUCUGCACCUGGAGACAGCUGAGGAAGUGGAGCGUUUGGCCUCGAUGCGCUCCGAUUCGCUGGUACCAGGAACCCACACGCCUCCCAUCCGCCGCCGCAGCAAGUUUGCCACUUUAGGACGUCUGUUUAAACCCUGGAAAUGGAGGAAGAAGAAGAGUGAGAAGUUCAAGCAGACGUCUGCUGUGCUGGAGAGGAAAAUGUCGACUCGGCAGAGCAGAGAGGAGCUGAUCAAGAGGGGACUCCUGAAGGAGGUUUAUGAGAAAGACGGCACCUCCUCGCCGGCCCUCGUGGAGGAGGUGAAGAUGGAGAGCGGCCGCUCCCCGGAGCUCGGCGCCGACCCGUCGGAGCCCGAUGGUGCUGAGCGGAUGGAAGGGGCGGCAGCCGCUGUAGGAUUGAAUGAGUUUGAAAUGUCAAGUGAUGGCACCUGUCAACAAGAGCACGCUCAGAAAUCAGGUCAGGCUCCGCCCACAAUGACGUCCACAGUUUAUCCAGGUGACGGCACAGACUCCACCUUCUCCAGACCUCCUACGAUACACAAACAACCGCCCGCUCUGCCGCCCAAACCUUUCAGCCGACUACCCAAUCCCAUCACAGACGGCGGCCCCGUGAAGUUACCGUGUCUGUCUGUUAAGUUAUCUCCUCCUCUACCUCCAAAGAAGAUCAUGAUCUCAGUACCUGCAGGGAGCAUGGAGUCUCCUUCCAUAGCCUUCCAGAGGUGCCCCGCCCCCUCAAGCCACGCCCACGUGGGCGGGCACCCGCUGCCGUACGGGGCACUGAACGUCCCGCUUCACCCGCCCAGCCGAAUCAUAGAGGAGCUCAACAAGACCCUGGCGCUCACCAUGCAAAGGUUUGAGAGCUCCAUGAUGUACGCCGUUCCCACGAUGAUGAUCGAGUGUGACGACGACAAAGAAAACGUCCCUAACGAGGCGGAUUACGAGGAGCUGCCGGGCAUGUACAAGGACGAGGAAGAGGAGGACGAUGAGGAGGAGGAGGAGGAAGAUGAUGAUGAAGAAGAGGAGGAGGAGGAGGAGGAUGAUGAAGAAGAUGAGGAGGAGGAUGAUACCCUUCUGACAAGUACGCUGGCCAUGAAGGUUCUACAGCGAGACUCUCUGGCCAUCAAGCUCAGUAACCGGCCAUCAAAGAGGGAGCUGGAGGAGAAGAACAUCCUGCAGAUGCAGUCAGACCAGGAGCGACUCGAAUCCCGACAGCAAACAGCCACGAAACUCACCAGGCGGUUGAGUCAGAGGCCAACAGCAGAGGAGCUGGAACAAAGAAACAUCCUGAAACCUCGGAACGAUCUGGAGGAGCUGGAGGAGAAGAGGGAAAUCAAAAGACAUUUGUCCAAAAAGCUUAGCCAGAGGCCUACGGUCGAGGAGCUGAGGGAGGCGAAGAUCCUCAUCCGCUUCAGCGACUACGUGGAGGUCGCGGAGGCUCAGGAUUAUGACAGGAGAGCCGACAAACCGUGGACCCGGCUGACAGCCGCCGAUAAGGCCGCCAUUAGAAAAGAGCUGAAUGAGUUCAAAAGCACAGAGAUGGAGGUGCACGAGUCUAGCCGUCACCUGACCAGGUUUCAUCGGCCGUAAAACAGAACAGCUCCACCGCGGCCGUGUUUCCUACUGCGGCCUGCUGCUCUGGCCUCGGCAGCGGACGCUGGAGCCAGAAAACGGGAGAGAAACUUUCAGAUGGGAAAGAUGAACCCCGAACUGUUGUCUUCCCUCAGUGGGAAUUUUAAAGACUUCUUGAUAUUCAAAAGCUUUUAAUUGUAACUUUUAUGAUGAAGUUUUAUUUACUUUGCAGCCUUUUUAAUGUUGGGGGGGGGGGGGGGUCAACAUGAUCUGUGCUAAGGGGACGAAAAUGGAAGGGAUCAUCCAAUUUUGUUUGUUGUUAAACAUAAAUUCUGGCUUUUCACCGUCUGAGAGGCUCGUUUGUGUUGCUUGAUCGGGACUUUGUCAGAACCCGGUACUCCCGAUCUCUGAACACUUUCAAAUCUUUUUUAGCAAUAACUUCAGCUUGUCUUCACCCAGGAGUCCAAACAUGUCUGGAUCUAAAACAACUCGUCUCGUUGAGGACGGUGGACGCUCCUCGACCUGAUGAGAUCUCGGUGACCGGCCGUGGCGCCAGCCAGGCUCGUCUCGUUUACCCGUUUUUCGUUUUUCCUCCACAGAAUUUCACCAGUAAACAAUAAAAUGUGACCGAACUCUCAGCCGACUUAAAACAGACGGGUUUUAUACUUUUUAUUGUUAGAAAACCUGCAGCCUUCUAUUUUUGUUUACAGUUCAUGAAUUGGACACAGGCGACCUCCUGGGGGGGCGUGAGUGCCGCUAACGCUACGUUUUCAGAGGCUGAACAUACGGACAGGUUUUCAGAUCCGUUUUUGUAAACACGAAGCUGCAUGUGUGUGUGUUAUUUAUUGUGAGUGUUCUAUGAUGUACACACUUUGUUAAAGAAAAGAAACUUCUUAAAAAUCAUGA